GGUGUGGCGAGUUCAGUAUAGUUUAGAAGGGAGGGGACUACAUAAAAGGCUAUAAUACGAGUAGUGGUGUCUUAAAGAAAUAUUGAAAAUAUAGGAGCUAUAAGUCUCCUUUCUUUCAAGAUGUUAACUUUGAACCAUACAAAUUAACGUAAUAUUUUAUUCAUAGUAUCUUCUUCUCGCUCUAAUUCCUAACUUCGCUGCUGAUAGUGAUAAUACAUCACAUGAGGGUACAGAAGAAGAAGAAGAAGCAGCAGCAGUACCGUGUGAAAGUCUGAAGUUAUACGUGCAUGUACGUAGUAGCAAACCAGGCUGUGUGUAUAUAUAGAUAGACUUGUGCUGUUCUCUUGAGAUGGCAUCCAAACCUUCCAAAAUCUCAAUCAUCCCUCUCCCUUGGCCUUUGCAGCCAGUCUUUCCUUUUCCUUAUUAUAAAAAAAUAUCACGUGAAUUGCUUAGCUGCUCUGCUUUUCCUCCAAUUUCGUCCCCUGUGUUCCCAUUACAACUUUAUUUCCUCAGCCAAUACCCGUUGCUUCAAUUUGCCUGGUUUUCUUUUCUGGGUUGUUCCUGCUUCGCUACCUACAUAUAUAGUCACAUAUUCUUUUCCUUCUUCUCCUUUGGUUCUGUUUAACAAAUGGAGGGAGACAAGAAGCAUGUCAGCGCUGGUGCUGCUUCUUCUUCGUCAUUGGCGGCUGAACUUUUUGGGACCAAGGAGUCACCGCCCAGUUCUUCAGCUGGGGUUUUCGCUUCCAUCUUCCCGCCUCCAUCAACUGUCCUGAAGAAGUCUUCCAACUCUGCGGGGGCUGGAACUUGGCACAAGUAUCAGCAUCACUCUGGAAAGCAUGGAACAACAGCAAUGAAUGGUGAGGCUGGAAGCUAUGGCAUCAUGGGUCACAGCAGGGAGAGGAUGGAGCCAUGCCAUCUGAGUUCAUCGAUUUACUAUGGCGGCCAAGAAAACUACUCUCAGUCUCCAAGUAGCCAAUCCCCUGGCUCAUAUCCUAUCUUCAAGAAAGAUGGAGAAGAGGAUGAUCCUAAUGGAAACAAUUCCACCAGUGCUUCCAGAGGGAAUUGGUGGCAAGGUUUCCCCUUUUUGUUGUGCUACUCGCUUUGUUCUCAAGACAUACCUUCUACCCUCUCCUUUUCAUUAAUGGUGUCCUGUGUUUCUGAUGAUUGUUUCUUCAGGUUCUCUAUAUUACUAGGACCCUCGACUGCUUUGCCAUGCCGAUUUCCCCUUCUAUUUUCCAAAGGAAUUCAUGGAAAUCUAUGGGAUAUGUAUGUUUGA